AAUUAAAUUAGUUGGAUAAAAAGAAAAGAUAUACGCCAUUGUAAAAGGUGAUUUUCUGCUUUGCUUAACUUUUAAUAUCUCUUGCUCCUCACCCAUCUCUUUUUCUCCGUACCACCGCGCUCUCAUGGCUACAAGCCCUCGCCUGCUCCAAAUCUUCCUUUCAUCCUCGCUAAUUUCUGUCUUCUCCACUGCCGCCGCCGCCUGCGCCACACCUGGCUGCCAGCUCCUGAGCCCUUGCUCCGGAGCUGAAGAGUGCGCUCCCGGCCUCUACUGCGGCACCUGUCCGGCUUCUGGAAAGACCCGUCCCUCCUGCACCCGCGGCCAGGCCACUCAUUCCACUGACAUCGUGAAAAACUUGCCUUUUAACAAGUACACGUGGUUGGUGACCCACAAUUCCUUCUCUAUUGUCACCGAGCCAUCCUUUACCGGCGCGCAGAGAAUCACCUUUUACAAUCAAGAAGAUAGCGUCACCAACCAGCUUCGGAAUGGAGUGAGAGGGCUAAUGCUGGAUAUGUAUGACUUUGAAGGCGAUAUCUGGCUUUGUCAUUCAUUUCAGGGGCAAUGCUACAAUUUCACUGCUUUUGAACCUGCAUUCAACACUCUGAAGGAGGUGGAGGCAUUCUUGACUGAUAGCCCGACCGAGAUUAUAACCAUUUUUAUAGAAGAUUAUGUGCGAGCUCCAAAAGGGUUGAGUAGAUUGUUUGCUAAUGCAGAUUUGAUGAAAUAUUUGUAUCCAUUGACGGAGAUGCCCGCAAAUGGCAAGGACUGGCCAACUAUUACAGAAAUGGUAGAAAAAAACUAUAGAUUACUAGUGUUUACCUCUGUUGCCUCGAAGGAAGCUGAUGAGGGAAUUGCUUAUCAGUGGAGAUAUGUGCUAGAAAAUGAACCCGGAGAUCCGGGCAUAGUGCCAGGCUCGUGUCCGAAUCGGAGGGAAUCUGAACCAUUGAAUUCUAGAUAUGCCUCUCUAUUCUUGCAAAAUUAUUUUACAACAAUACCUGUCCAGAAUGAUGCUUGCAAUGAGCAUUCUUCCGGACUUACUGAAAUGGUUAAUGUCUGUUACAAGGCUGCUGAAAAGCUAAUGCCCAACUUCCUUGCAGUCAACUUUUACAUGAGGAGUGAUGGCAGAGGCGUAUUUGAUAUUCUAGACAGAAUGAAUGGACUAACUUUGUGUGGGUGUCCUACUGUCUUUGCCUGCAAGUGUUGGAUUUGCAGCCUGGGGGCCCAUUUGGGGUAUGCAAAAACAUCAGUUCAAGCUCUACUCCAGAUCGGCCAGGUCAUCAUGGAGGAACCUAUGCUGGGUAUGUGGAAUUUUCAGGCUCUCUUCUUAGAACCAAAUGUCUCUGCAUUUUGGAGAGGAACCUGUUUUACUCUUUAUUAAUCUCAAUUUUAUCAUUGUUAGCCAUUAUUAUUUGAUUGCUGUAACAUUAUUUUUUUGGAGGCAUUGAUAUCAUGCUGGGAUGUUUGGUUAGUCCUUUAUUCUGUAUAUUUCAUGUGUCACAUGCGGGUGUGAUAAUGGAACAAGUUAAAAAUCCAAUUUCAGUCUUAUGGAAUCAUGAGUCUCAAAGUAUAUCAGGGAAGCCAUUAAUUUGACUACAUCUCACCAUUCUUGCUUAUUUUGUUUCAAGAGGUUAACCGUUUAU